CAUCAUAUAGGUCCCAUGGACCACAACAAUUUUGUCAAGUUUUGAGUGGAUAAUGAUGCCCAUAUGGUAUGCAUCAUCAUCAUAAAUGUAGAAAUGUUGAGGUUAAAUUCAUUUUUCAAUUCAAAAGCAACAAGAUACUAUUUGAGGUGACAAUAUUAAUAAUGCUCCAAGUGAAAGUUCCCCACUAAGCCACCUCCAAUAAUUCAACCAAUUCCAUUGGAAUUUCAACUUCUUGUUGGGAAUCUUCUUGAAAGAAAACUUCAACGUUGAUGCCAAAAAAGAUGGAUCUUGAAGAUGAAGGAUGGGUGAACAUUCCUUAUGAUGAGAUUCUUGAAGCUAAUGAAGAUGGUGAUGAAAAAAACUUUUCAAGAAAAUACAUCAAGAAUCCUGCAAAACUUUUCAAACCGAAGUACUUCGAUACCCCACAAAACUCCCAAGAUUUUGUGAAAGACGAACCAAGAUUUGAAAAACAAUUACUUAGUAUUCCAACCCAAUUGGAUCAUGGACAUGAUCCAAUUAUGAUCAAGGAGUCUAAAGAAAUAACAUCUGAGCAUGAGCCUGAGCCUGAGUUUGAGUUGGAUCAAGAUCAGAUCAUUCAAGUUUCCUUCAAGAAAGAAAACCAAUUUGUCGAAAAGAAAAUGGGUUCUCCAAGAUUGAGCUCUCGAGAACCCGAUAUGUGUAAUAUUGAAACAAGUCCUUUUCAAUACGAGGAAAAAAGUGAUGAUCGUGUGAUCAAUUGUUCAUCACCAUCAAAGAUGAUCAAGCAAGAAGUCAUUGCUUGGGAUGAAAAUAACGAAAGGUUGAAUUUUUGGAAAUGGGGUUUAAGUGGUAUUGGUGCCUUUUGUUCUCUUGGCAUGGUUGCAGCUACUGUUUGUAUCAUCAUGUUAGGAAAUGGAAGAAAGGACAAACAACAAAACGGAAAACUUAAGAUUCAAAUCUAUUCAGACAACAAGAGGAUAAAGAAAGUGGUGCAACAAGCAAAUGAAGCAAUGUCAGCAAUGAGAGGGAUUCCUUUGGUCAAGGCUCAAAUCACAUAUGGUGGAUACUAUGAAAGUAUCUAGACUGAAAUUAGCAUCUUUAUAACAAGCAAUUGCUUUAAUGUAACAUAAAUAUACGUCGUUGUUUAAUAGUCUAAAUUUUUUGUAAUUAUAUGAAGUUCGCAUCUAAACGCUUUCAUCUACAUUUUCAUAUAUUAUGAUGAGAUGUCAACAUGACAAGAAACGAACAACAAAAAUUAACUAUAAGCUGCAGAAUUAGAAAGGACUUGUAUGUAAGAUUGUAAGGUUGUUAAAAUCGUAAUUUUAAAAAUGUCAUCUAAAUAAAUUGAUCCCAUCUUAGUUGAAUUGUUUUUCAGUAAAAUCAUUAUAAAAUUGUAGCAAAUCAUAAGAUAAUAAAAUUCACUUAAACGGUGUAACUUUAUCCGGUUUGAUUUACCAACUCUUUGAAGACUUUUGGGAUUGUUUAGGGAUAAUGACUUGAAAGGGUGACGAACUUUCGAAUUUUGUUACAUUUAGUCACUCAACUUUUUUUCGUUAUCUAUUUGCCAUUGAACUAUUGAAACUGUUCAUAUUUUACCCUUAUGACCGGCUGUUACCGGUCAUAAGGGUAAAAUGUGAACAGUUUCAAUAGUUUAGUGGCAAAUAGAUAACGAAAAAAAGUUUAGUGACUAAAUGUGAACAAAAUUGAA